UCUUUGAAUUGUUGGUUUUUCGACGGAUGGUGUUGGUGUGUAUUGUUUAACAGCCAACAUCUCCCAAACAUAGAUAAUUUGGACUGUAGCCCAUGUUCGAGUAUUUCCUUGGCAUUUCUUUUCACUUGUUUCCAGUACAUCAUUAUGGAUUCAAAAGCAGAAGAAAAUAGAAACCAACGUCUGGUUUCACCACCAUGUUUCGUCAACCCUGAUUUAGAUAAAAUCCACAAUCCCGAUUGCCAAAAGAUACCGUCAAGUUGUCGAUGCAGUGACAAAACCGCAUGGAUUUGGGCCAGUUCACCCGAUAAAGUAAAAUCUGUCCGUUGGGGUAUGUGGAUCUUGUUUGUGGAAAAGAAAAAUGUCGACAAAAUUUGGAGUGAAAUCGUAGCUCUUCUUUCGAAUAAUCAACUGGGUAACGUGGCCAAAGUCUCCACUGCUGAUAAAAGAGGUGAUAUGCAUGCCGUUUGCUUGUACACUUACGACUUCAAAGACGUCCCUGAUGUUUUCCGAGUACUUGUGACAUUGCGGCGGAUGAAUCACCUCGAAAAUGGUCCCAAUGGGACAAUUCCCAUAAGAUACGCAACGGAAGAAAAUGAUGUAGAAGAAGCCGUCAACGGAGCAGGCAUUCCUAUGUAUAUUUCGCCACCUGCUGUGAUCUAUGAGAAAAAGGAAUCCAUUAAAAUGCACCAUUUGCUCAAAAUUGGGCCUGACUCCAAAGUUGGUUUGGUGGCGGAACUAAGGAGGAAUUCCGUGAGUGAAGACAUAAUCAAGUUCUACAAUCCACCAAUAGACAUCAAAAUCUCUUCAUCCGUAUCACGUCCUUGCAAAUACGAUGAACUCAUCGAUAUUGAAGAUGAAUUCCAUGAUCCACUAUGUGAUAAACAGCCUUCAACUUGUUGUUGUAAAGAUGUCGAAUGGAUUUGGGCUUACCAACUUGUACGGGUAAAACCUAUCCAUCGUGGUAAAUGGAUGCUAUUUCCCAAAACUGAAAAUGUCGACGAGAUUUGGGAAAAAGUCAAGAUUCUUGUGGCAGCCAAUCGACUUGGUAAUAUCGCCAAUUGUUCACGAGCAGAUAAAGAAAAUAUACAUGUAAUUUGUGUAUUCACCAAAAACUUUGAGGAUGUUAAAGAUGUUUUUCGAGUGCUUGUAACAUUGCGACGCAAUUGCCUACAAAAUACUGCCAUUCAUUACAAAACGGAUGAGGCGACAGAGCAAGGAGUGUAUAAAACCGACGAAGCAGCCAAGAGAGCCGGCUUUGACUCAGCAGAAAAAUUAAAACCUGGACAAAGAGUUUCGAUGUAUUUUUCACCACCCAGCCCAAACGUUUCUACAGGCGCUACGGAGACAAUUCAGCUAUUCUUAAAUAAUAUUGGACCCAGGUUUGAUAGAGGUCUUGUGGCAGAACUGAGAAAGGAACCUGAUGAACUCGAGGAUAAAAUAAUUUUUUAUAAUCCACCCAGGAUCCAUCAUCCACUAUAUCCAUCUGGCCGUUAUUAUUAAGGUUUUGUUCCAAAAUCUUUCUGAAUUUAUCUGACUGCAAAGAAAA